GUCACCACCAGUUGAUUUGUACCACCACCACUAAGUCUGGAAACUUGGAAAUGUAUUGAUUUAUAAUUAUAUGUGCAAUGUGUUUUGAUGCAAAAACAGCAGGAUAUUGACUUUCAUUUAUUUCUUUCUGAAUGGAGAUUAGGAUGUAUAAGAAAGAUCAAAACACCUGGCCAUUAAAUCUUCAAGAAACUGAGACAUAUUCACAUGUGCCAAGAGAACAGAAGGUUUUGCCCAUUUGGAGAGCAAAAACAUGCCAUUGCUUGAACAACAGAUGUCUUCCACUUCAAAGGAACAUGUUCAAGCAGGAGAUGGUGAGGAUAAGGAUACAGGAGGUAUUGUGAUCUUCAAGUGUUCCAAGUCCACUUGCCAUCAAGUUUUCCUGAGCCUGAAAGCAGCUCAGUGUUGUGGUCGGAGAUUCACAGAAUACUCAAGUAUGAAGAAGCAUGAAUUGACACACAAAAAGGAAAAGACAUUUAAAUGUGAUACCUGUGGGCAGCAAUAUAAGUAUGCUUGUUCUUUGCGAUCUCACAUGAAGUCAGCCCACUGCCUUCAUGAAGCACCUUCAAAGAAGAUAAAAACAGUGUUAUCUGCAGCUGAAGAUCUCAUUGAGCAGGAUGACCAUGCUAUAAACAAAUCAGUGUAUUCCCUUAGGUCCAACACAAAGGUUGUUCGCCAGAAGUGUCAAACAGGUUUGCUUCAGAUGAAAGAUGGACUUGUUGCAUCUGGUACUAAGCAAAUUCUUGAGACAGAAACCUUAACUGUGAAUGAAUCCAAUUGUUCUUCGAGGUCCAAUGUGAAACCAGGUGGCCACAAAAUUCGAACACCACGAAAGAAGGUCAUCAAAUCAUCUCAUGAAACAUCUUCAAGUGGACAACAUAUUGAAAAACAGAUCUCAGCUGUGAAUGAUUCCACAAGUUUCCUUGUCACAUCAGCAUCCCAUCAUCUUCAAGCUACUCCAAAGCCCACCAAAUCAUUGGAUGUGCCAAUUCCAAUUGACCACAUUGUUGAUCAGGUGAUCCAUGGACUGCCAGAAGACAUCACUUAUACCUGCGAGGAUGGAACUCAGAUCUUCUUUCUAGUUGAUGAGGAGGUUGUAAUUUUGAGAUGA